UUUCGGAUUCAGUUACUUUCGAAGUUUCUCAGCGAACGGUACACGCGGCGGAUGAUUUUCGACGAUUUCUCCAGCCGGAAACGAGACACGAGAACCAAAUCUCUCAAAUAAAACACGAAAAGCGAACAGCAUCUUGUUGGGAUUCGAGUGCGUGGAUAUUGUGAAGCAUACAGUUUGAAGACAGCUACGAGUACUGUUGGUGGAUUGUGUAAAUAGAAUAUUAUAGGAGAAAAGCGCGGUUUCACAGUGCGACAUUCAUAUGCAAAUCCGGCGGAACUGAGGCCGAGAGACAUAAUUUGCGAAUUAAAUCAAAACACACGCAGCAGGCACGGCGGGCUCUCUCUGCGAGCCGGCAAAUCCUGGCAACAACAAUUCCAGGACAGUGAAGGGACGCUUGGCUGAGCACUGAACGCUUUCACGUUACGCGACGCGAGCAGUUAACAGUUAACCGCUUACCGUUACGCUUCCGCUUACGUCCGAGUGCACUGGGUGUGCGAGCGAGCCGACAAUAGGCGAGUGGGCAAAUAGUACGUUAUGCCGCCCACGUAAUGUGUGCCGAAAUUUAAAUUCCGCUUUAUGCAAAUACGACUGCUGUCUGAUGGUCUGACUGUCGGCGCUUGAGAGUGCGUGAGUGUGGGUGCGCUUGCAUGUGGAUUACCAUAAACGUAAACAAAAGGAUUAGACGUUACGCUGCCGGGAUUACGAGAGCGAUUGAAGCAGUUUUUCCAAUAGCUCUGACUCUGACUCGGGCUCAGGCUCUGGCUCCAGAUUCAGCUCCAGGUUGCAUCCGCCAGCUAUCUAUCUGCUACCUCGGGCCCAGUUCGACGGGGCUUUGUCCGGGUGACAAGCGAAACUAAUGAGCCACCAGUGGCAGAACGGAACCGGAAGCAGCAGCGAAAGUAAAAUUGCUUAAAUAAAUAAUCGUAACUGUGAUAACACCAAAGACGCAUCCCCAGACAAAGGCCAAGACAGUUGCGUAAUUACCAAGCCAUCCACUCUCCACUGACCAGUGUUCAGUGUUCAGUGUUCAGUGUCCACUGACCAGAGCCCAGUGAUUUUGAGAGUAAUAAAUGUCAACGUGGCUGCUGUAGCCAGCCGGCAACAAGAAAAGUAAUCACAACUAUUUGCUAAACCCAAGCACCCGGCUAACCGGCGCACAAAAUGGACAGCACAAUGUGGCAGCGAACAAGGAAAGCAGUUACGACGGGAGCGACGGGAGUGGCCCAUUCAAGUUCAAGGCGGUCAUCGUUAAUCACAUGUUUUAUAUCCUGCCACACGUUCAGCUUGCUCCUGCUGCUCCUCCUCGUCUCGUGCGGGGCGAACGGAGCCCGGGCAGCCAGCAAGCCGGCCACUCGCAGCAACAAAACAUCGGGCUCCAGCACCAGCACCAGCUCCUCAGCCGAGACUGAAACACCCAUUUGGGAUCAUGCCAUCGAUUUGAAUGAGGAUUUUCGCAUACUAUGGCAAAUCAUUAAUCAGGAUAUUACGUUCGAAAUACAGGCACGUACCCUGGGCUACGUCGGCUUCGGAUUCUCGCCCGAUGGCAAUCUGGCCGGCGCCGAUAUGGCCAUCGGCUGGGUGGACAAGGGUCAGACCUAUUUCCAGGAUCGACACGUCACACGGAAUGGAAACCCCGAGCCGGUGGUGGAUCCCUCGCAGGAUUAUAUGCUGAUGCUGGGCUACGAGAACGCCACGCACACCGUCCUCCGGUUUCGCCGCAAGCUGGACACAUGCGACGCCAGUCACGACAUCGCCAUAACGAACGACACGAUGCGCCUGCUGUACAUGUACCACGCCCACGAUCCGCCGCACGGCUCGGUGCGCCCCGGCACGCUUCCGGACCCGGCCGGCGCCUUCCGCCCCUACCGGCCCAUGGUCCUGAUGCAGCGCGCCCAGAUGCCCCUGCCCUCGCCCACGCACGACGAGCGCGUGCGGGUCCUGGAGCUGCGCAACGAGGAUGUGGAGCUGCCGGCCGGCGACCUGCCGCUCUUCUGGUGCAAGAUGUUCAAGCUGGAGGACAUUAAUCGCAAACACCACCUGAUCCGGUACGAGCCGAUUUAUGAUUCAUCGUCCAGCGUGCACUACUUGCAGCACAUAACGCUGCACGAGUGCCAGGGAGCGCACGCCGAGCUGGAGGAGAUGGCACGCGAGCAGGGCCGCCAGUGCCUGGGCGCCCGGUCCAUACCGCUGGCAUGCAACGCCAUCGUGGCCUCCUGGUCGCGGGGCAGCGAGGGAUUCACGUACCCCCACGAGGCCGGCUACCCGAUCGAGUCGCGACAGGCCAAAUAUUAUUUAAUGGAGACCCAUUACAACAAUUUGAAGCCCGACUUUGCCCAGUUGCACGCCCGACAAAUGGCGGAUAAUUCGGGUUUGAAAAUCUACUUUACGCACGUCCUGCGACCCAACGAUGCCGGCAUAUUGUCAAUCGGAAUGGACCCCAACUGGCGCCACAUCAUCCCGCCGGGCCAGAAGCGCGUCGUGUCGGAGGGCCAGUGCAUCGAGGACUGCACCGGCUACGCCUUCCCCCCGCAGGGCAUCAACAUAUUCGCGGUGAUGAUGCGCACCCACCAGAUCGGCAAGGAGGUUAAGCUGCGCCAGAUACGACAAACCGAGGAGCUGGCGCCAAUUGCACACGACAGCAAUAUAGAUGUUGCCUAUCAGGACUUUCGCCGGCUGCCACAAUCGGUGCAUUCCAUGCCCGGGGAUAGACUCAUCGCCGAAUGCAUUUAUGACAGUUCGUCACGAAAGGCAAUUACCCUGGGUGGGCUUACCAUGAAGGAAGAGAGCUGCACGGUGCUGACACUGUACUAUCCUCGCCAGAAGAAGCUGACAACGUGCCACUCACUCCCCAGCCUGCCGACAGUGCUGCACUCCCUCGGCAUCGAGCAACUGGCAACCGACUCGAAUCCCGUGCUUAUAUCAUCGCCACCCGAAUUGGCCGGAAUGACUCUGGAGGCACGUCUGAUAUCCUACGAUUGGGAAAAUCAAUUUGGCGAGUUCCAGGAGGCCACUCGUAAGGGCAGCUUCAAGCCCAUCUGCUGGGGGGCCAAGAACCAUGUGGUGCCGGGCUCCGAGUUCCUCGAGGGCUACAGCAUAAAUGUGACCAAGACCUACAAGAAGCACCGACGGUGCAAGCCGAAGCGGCUCUUCGCCCCGCCCACCGAGCGCACCGUCCCUCCGCAGCCCACCGGGUCCGAUCUAAGUGAGCUGCCGGUGCUGCACGAGCUGGACAACAACAACAUCAUCGAGGGAGCGGCGCGGAGCAGCCGGAGCUCGGCGACCGACGUCCUGGGCCUGAGCCAGGGCACCGGAAGGGCCGGCGAGUUCACCAGCCGGCUCCUCUGGCUGGGGGCCUCCACCUGGUGGCUCCUGCUGAUGCUCAGGACGUGAGGGGACUCCGUCUAAGGAGGUUCGUCUGGGGAGAUCAGAAGCAGCCGCGGCAGCAGCAGGACGCACAGGCACCACCGUCUCAACACUCAAAACUAAACACACACCCACACUGGGCCAUGCCACACACGCGCACACACACACAGUAGAUGGAGAUCCAGUGGCAAGAUGGCCAACUGGAAACUGGAAAACUGGCAACACACCAUAAUGGCAACUCAACUACAGCUCUCAAACUAUAAAUGACAUCUCUUAAUCCUACUACAGAUACAAAUAGACGCCGAAGGACGUGCGGCAGGAGAAGGACAUUAAAUAUUCAUAAUAAGCUAGCGUAUAAAAGCUUCCCCGUAGUCCCUGGCCCCUCCCCACACCUAUGUACACCUGCUGGGCACCCCACCCGUCCCUUUGAUUUAAGCUCCUCCCUCCACGGUUUUGUUGAUUUUGUUCUAGAGUUUAGUAAAUUAUUAACGAUAUUUUUUAGAUUAGAAAUAAGCGGAAAACGGAAACGGAAGAAACCGAAAAACUUUAAUUUAAAAAGCAAAACAAUGUCGAGAAAAACCGAAAAGCAAUAAUUAGUUGUUGUUGUCGUUAUAGAAUAUACAAACGCGAAAUUGUAAAAGAUACAGAUAUUAUAGAUAUACACCCCGACUAGCGUAUAUAUGGCUAUAUGUGUGCAGUCACUCCUUCAACCAUAACGAUAUAUAGCGUACCCUAUAUUUAGAUAUCUAUGUAUACAGAGUAGGGUCUGACUCGUGUAAAGCUUGAGCGUCUGGUGGGUUUUGUUGGGCAUUGCAAGAAACAAUCGUAGAAGGGAAUCGGCGUCGAGUGGCACGUUGGAGGAGCAUGCUUCAGGCCCUUCCCCCUAACCAGUUAAGUUUAGUGCCGAACCACCAAGUGCAACUGUGUAGGUUCGGGCGCGGGAUCGUAGACACAUCACCCACACAUACUCAUAAACACGUACAUAACUUAUACGUCCAUUUAAAAGCGAAUACGAGAGAGGCGGAGCAGGUGGUUCAGUUAGGGACAUUUCAGAAAGACUUGAAGGACUUUACUUUGUUUCGCAAAAGACUAAGAAUAAAAUUGAUUAAGGAACGCAGCAGAGAAGGCGGCAGAUGGCAGAUGGCAGAAGAGCCAACUUUCCUUUCAUGUUUUGUAUAGUUUCCCUCGCACUCAACUGGUAUCUUUUAAGGAGGACGAGGCAAUCCCUUGUCCGAUCAGGCUAUCCUCGCUUCUUAUUCCUAAUUCCUAUUUAGUUAGCUAUCGCAAGUCUACCUGCUUCUUCGAGAAACGCAAGCAACUACUCUCUACACUCAAAGUGUCGACUCUGUCCUCCCAACUCGCUUCGUUCUACUAACUCUCUAAGUUACACACACCCUAGGCUAUACCUAUUUUCUAGAUCUAAGCUGUAAAUACUCUUCGGUAGGCGGAGUGGGGAUUGAGGGGAAUAUGGGAUACCGGACACCGGAAACUAAUUGCGGAAUUGUUAGCCACGACGGAUGAUAGACGAUAGGUGGUAGGUGGUAGAUGGUAGAGGAGUUGAAGCAUUAUACAGGGUGUGUGAUUAGGCUCUCGAUCAGCUCUAGCAGCUCUAGGCAUAGGAUUAACGUCUCACUAGAAUCUACAAGCACUUGCGGGCCGGACGGUUGAAGGACUCUCAGCAACGUGUGGAGUAGCCGCCAAGAUCUGCUCGAAGUAGUAAAAUAUACCAUAUACAUACGAUAUGAAAGUAAAGUAAAUUUAUAUAUACACAUACGAUAACUAUACUAUAAAGUCUAUAUAUAUAUACAAUACCAUACGUCUAUAAGUAGUUAUGUGGUUCGUAGUUGUAAAUGUGAAUGUGAGUAUUUUAUACAAAAACAAAAAGAAACAAAAUAAAAACAGAGCGAAGCAUGAAG